AUGGCUUUUCAACCAGGUUCUAGAGGCGGCAGAGGCGGUUUUGGCGGCAGAGGUGGCUCCAGAGGUGGUGCUAGAGGUGGUGCCAGAGGUGGUUCCAGAGGUGGUUCCAGAGGUGGCAGUUUCGGUGCCCGUGGUGGCUCAAGAGGUGGCAGUUUCGGUGCCCGUGGUGGUGCUAGAGGUGGCGCUAGAGGUGGUCGUGGUGGUGCUUCUAGAGGCGGUCGUGGUGGUGCUAGAGGUGGUGCCAAGGGCGGCGCUAAAGUUGUCAUCGAGCCUCACAAGCACGCCGGUGUUUUCAUUGCUAGAGGUAAGGAAGAUUUGCUAGUUACAAAGAAUGUUGCUCCAGGUGAAUCUGUUUACGGUGAAAAGAGAGUUUCUGUCGAAGAACCUUCCACCGAAGAAGGUGUUCCACCAACCAAGGUCGAAUAUCGUGUUUGGAACCCUUUCAGAUCCAAGCUUGCUGCCGGUAUUAUGGGUGGUUUAGAUGAAUUGUUCAUUGCCCCAGGUAAGAAGGUGCUGUAUCUAGGUGCUGCUUCUGGUACUUCUGUUUCCCACGUCUCUGAUGUCGUCGGUCCAGAAGGUCUAGUCUACGCUGUGGAGUUCUCUCAUAGACCAGGCAGAGAAUUGAUCUCAAUGGCCAAGAAGAGACCAAACGUUAUCCCAAUUAUCGAAGAUGCUAGACAUCCACAAAAAUACAGAAUGUUGAUCGGUAUGGUUGAUGCAGUGUUUGCUGAUGUCGCACAACCUGAUCAGGCCCGUAUUAUCGCUCUAAACUCUCACAUGUUCCUCAAGGAUCAAGGUGGUGUCGUUAUCUCUAUCAAGGCCAACUGUAUUGACUCUACUGUGGAUGCUGAAACCGUUUUUGCCAGAGAAGUUCAAAAAUUGAGAGAAGAAAAGAUCAAACCAUUGGAGCAAUUGACUCUGGAACCUUAUGAGAGGGACCAUUGUAUUGUUAUCGGUAGAUACAUGAGAAGCGGUUUGUAA